UCUUAAUUAAUACGGUGAAGAAAUGUUCACUGGCGUUCUCUCUUGUUUUCUGUGAGCUUGGUUAAUCCUGUGAAAUCAAUGAGCAAAACAUACAUUCGUGUAGGCCACUAAAACAUAUUUUGACACAAGUUUUCGUACCAGUCUUUUGAGGACACGUUGCACUUCUUGAUGCAGUCGGACGUUCAUGUGAGUCGCGCAUGCUCAAACAUGAACGGUUACGGCUAAACGUCGCAAUGUAAACAUUACAAUACAGGAAAACGUUGUUCACAGUUGGUCAUAUUUCACUGAAAGGCAACAAGUCAUUGUUUUUUUUGUUAUAUAUUUCGCAAAUAAAAAAGAUAUGAAGUCAUGCGCAUGCGCGUCUCAAACGUGACGCAUGCGCGACUCACAUCUACGUUCGACCCAUACCAGGCACUCAGCGACAAGCGAAACCGAGGAAGGGAUUAGUAGCAAUAUUACCGGCCUGGAAGAUAUCGUUUGUAUAUACAAUUUUGCGAAACCAAUAACGACCACAGGCAAGUUGAACCGUCAGAGAACGUGGGACAUCUGUCCGCUUGGAUUGCCCACUUACAUACUGAACCUAAUUGGAGGUGAGGGAUGAAUUGAGAGGAUGAAUGUGAACCAGCAACCACACAUGGCCUCCCCUUACGGUCCUCCUCAGCCUGGAUACCAGGGCUACCCGCAGGCUGCUUAUGGGGGCCAGCACGUGGCAGGAGGGUACCCAGGGCAGUACCCCCCCUACAACGGGCCCACUUCUGCUUACCAGCCUGGAGCUCCAAUGCCAGGUUCGAUGUGCGGCCCCCCCUCUUCAGGCGCUCCGCCUGUCUCAGCCCCCCAGGCCUAUGGACAGUACGCUGGGGGUCAAGCACAGAACGGCCCUCCCCCCAGUGCACCCCCAAACCAGAGGCCCCCUGCGUCGCAGCCCUAUGCCCCGGCACCCAUGAACCUGUCCUCCCCCCAGUACAGCCAGCCAUUCGCUGGCCCACCUACAAGCAUGCAGCAGAUGACCAAUCAGAUGGCAGGGAUGCAGGUUGGGUCCGCCCCUCCCACAGGAACAACUCCUGGCUAUGCUGUGCCUCCAACUUCUCAGCCUCCAGUCUCCGGCGCCUACACAUCCACAGCACCACCUCCUUCCUUCCCCCCCACCUCCUCCUCCGCCUCCCCACAUCCUGCUGCAGCAGGUGACGGAGUCGCCCCUGGGCCCCCUCAGUCCUUCUACGGGGGUCCCCCACCCGGCCAGCAGCCCUUCCCCACCUCUUCCGCGCCUCCGCCGGCCUUCUCCACCACUGCUCCCCCCACUCAGGCCCCAGCCGCACCUCCAUCCGCUGCUGCUCCAGCUCCACCCGUCUCCCAGGCUUCACAGGCCUUCCCUGGAGCUCCUCCACCUGCCCAGCCCCAGCCAACACCACCACCACCGCAGCAGCAUCCGCAGCAGCAGCUGCCUCCGUUCUCUGCUGCUGGGCCUCCACCCUCGCAGCAAGCACCCUUCUCCUCUGGAGCUCCCCCGACAGCAGCACCCCCGCCCGGCUCCCAGCAGCAUCUGUACGGAGGCCCGCUACCUCCGCAGGGUGUCCCCCAGCAGCAGGCCGGCUUCCCCAGGCCUCCACCUCCCACCUCGCAGCCUUCGCCCUCCGGCCCGGCUGCCGCCGCCAACUCGGGGUUCCCCGUCGGCCUCCCUCCACCCCCGACCUCCACCCAGGCGUCUCCGCAGCCGUACCCCGGCGCCCCCAUGUCCCAGCAGCAGCCCCCGCCCCAGCAGCCCCCCCCGGGCUCCCAGCCCUCCCCCUUCCACUCGGCCCCGCAGCUCUCUGGGCCCAUGGGUCCUCCGCCCGGCACCGCUGGCUUUCCACCACAAGGGGGCGCCCCUCCGAGGCCCCAAGGCAUGCAGCAGGGCCCCCCGAUCUCGCAUCCCUCCAUGUCUGGGCCCCCCAUGUCCCAGGCCAACCACGUGGCCCCGGGGGCCAUGCAGCCGGGCAUGCCUCCGCAGAUGGGCCCCCCAACAGCGGGCAUGCCAGGGCCUCAGCCUGGCAUGCAGGGGUACCCCGCUCAACAGAACGGUGCUUUUGGUCAGAUGAGAGGUCCACAGCCAGGCUACCCGGGGCCGUAUCCGGGGCAACAGAGCUUUGGGGGUCCUCCUCAGGCUCCAGCUCCCGCUCCUCAGCCACAGAAACGGUUGGACCCCGAUUCCAUCCCUAGUCCAAUCCAGGUGAUUGAGGACGACAAGGCCAACAAAGGCACCGAUCCCUUCACCACGGGGGUCAGAGGUCAGGCCCCGCCCCUUGUCACCACCAACUUCCAGGUCAAAGAUCAAGGCAACGCUAGUCCCCGGUUCAUCCGCUGCACUGCCUACAACGUGCCCUGCACCUCAGACAUGUCCAAGCAGUCACAGGUGCCACUGGCUGCAGUCAUCAAACCUCUGGCCACCCUGCCCCCAGAUGAGGUGCCUCCGUACAUCGUGGACCACGGUGAGCAGGGCCCCAUCCGCUGCAACCGCUGCAAGGCGUACAUGUGUCCCUACAUGCAGUUCAUCGAGGGCGGCCGCAGGUUCCAGUGCGGCUUCUGCAGCUGUGUCACAGAGGUGCCUCCCCAUUACUUCCAGCAUCUGGACCACACAGGGAAGAGGGUGGACUGCUAUGACCGGCCAGAGCUCUCCAUGGGCAGCUAUGAGUUCCUAGCCACUGUUGACUACUGCAAGAACAACAAGCUUCCUCAGCCCCCUGCCUAUAUCUUCCUGAUUGACGUGUCUUACAACGCGGUGCGGAGCGGCAUGGUGAACAUCGUUUGCCAGGAGCUGAAGACGCUGCUGGAUUACCUGCCCAGGGAGAACCCGGAGCUGCCGUCGUCGGUGCGCGUGGGCUUCGUCACCUACAACAAGGUGCUGCACUUCUACAACGUCAAGGCCUCGCUGGCGCAGCCCCAGAUGAUGGUGGUGUCCGACGUGGCCGACAUGUUCGUCCCGCUGCUCGACGGUUUCCUCGUCAACGUCGACGAGUCUCGUGUCGUCAUCGAGAGCUUGCUGGACCAGAUCCCUGAGAUGUUUGCAGACACACGGGAGACGGAGACGGUGUUCGGACCUGUGAUCCAGGCUGGUCUGGAGGCCCUGAAGGCGGCUGACUGUGCUGGGAAACUCUUCAUCUUCCACACGUCUCUGCCCAUCGCCGAGGCCCCUGGGAAACUGAAGAACAGGGAAGACAAGAAGCAGGUUGGCACAGACAAAGAAAAGGCACUGUUCCAGCCGCAGGUCAGUUUCUAUGCCAACCUGGCCAAGGAGUGCGUGGCGCAGGGCUGCUGCGUGGACCUCUUCCUGUUCCCCAACCAGUACGUGGACGUGGCGACACUCGGCGUGGUCCCCACCUCCACCGGAGGCUCCAUCUACAAGUACACCUACUUCCAGGCCCAGUCUGACCAGGAGCGCUUCCUGCACGACCUCCGGCGGGACGUGCAGAAGCAGGUGGGCUUCGACGCCGUCAUGAGGGUCCGCACCAGCACAGGCAUCAGGGCGACGGACUUCUUCGGCUCCUUCUACAUGAGCAACACCACCGACGUGGAGCUGGCCGGCCUCGACUGCGACAAGACCAUCACCGUGGAGAUCAGGCACGACGACAAGCUCAAUGAGGAAACGGGGGCCAUGCUGCAGUGUGCGGUCCUGUACACCAGCUGCAGUGGUCAGCGGCGGCUGCGGGUCCACAACAUGGGCGUCAACUGCUGCAUGCAACUGGCCGACCUCUACCGGAACUGCGAGACCGACACAAUCAUCAACUUCUUCGCCAAGUAUGCAUACCGAAGCGUGCUCACAAACCCCACCAAGAACGUGCGGGACAGUCUGGUGAACCAGUGUGCUCAGAUCCUGGCCUGCUACCGCAAGAACUGCGCCAGCCCCUCCUCUGCUGGACAGUUGAUCCUGCCGGAGUGUAUGAAGCUGCUGCCGGUGUACCUGAACUGCGUGCUGAAGAGUGACGUGCUGCACCCCGCGGCCGACACCUCUCUGGACGACCGCGCCUACCUGCGCCAGCUGCUCAGCUGCAUGGACGUCGCCGAGAGCCACAUCUUCUUCUACCCGCGCCUGCUGCCGCUGCACAAGAUGGACGUGGACAGCGACGCGUUGCCGGUGGCCAUCCGGGACUCGGAGGAGCGGCUGUCCAAGGGGGGGCUGUACCUGCUGGAGACGGGCCUGAACCUCUUCCUCUGGGUCGGCGCCAGCGCCCAGCAGGAGCUGCUGCAGAACGUCUUCGGCACGCCCGCCUUCGGACAGAUCGACCCCAGCAUGACAUGCUUGCCGGAGUUGGAUAAUCCUUUCUCAAAGAAGCUGCGAGACAUCAUCGCCUCCUUCAGAGCACAGAGGUCACGGUAUAUGAAGCUGAUCGUGGUGAAGCAAGACGACAAGCUUGAGCUCAUCUUCAAGCAUUUCCUGGUGGAGGACAAGAACAACAGCGGCGGGGCCUCCUACGUGGACUUCCUCUGCCACAUGCACAAGGAGAUCCGGCAGCUGCUCAGCUAGGACCGCCCCCUCCAUCUCCUCAGAUCCCUCCCCUUCCACUUCCUGUCCACGCCCCCCCCCCCCCCCCCCUCCCCUCAUCCCCCCCCCCCCCUCCCACUCCUCUCCCUCCAGAUCCCACUCUCAUACUCUUUUAUCCGAGAAGCGCUUUAUCUUUUUAUUUUGAAAUAAUAAAACUAAACUUCUCCCUCCUCCUCCUCCUCCUCCUCCAAUCAUCACCAUCGUCAUCAUCAACAUCCGCACACCUCCAUGCUCUGGCUCUAUCUCUGAACACUGGCGCCUGGAAGGUGUUGAUCCAGAGCUGCUGGACUUCUGGUGGACUGGGGGAACGAAGUGGCACGGCCAGACUCCGACACCUGUCUCUGUUGGGUUUUAGUCUCUAACUCUCGCUUUGGGCCAGGCACUUCAUUUUCUUCGAUCCUUUGGGGAGUUUUGUGUGUGUGUGUGUGUGCGUGUGUGUGUUUGUGUGUGGAUGAGUGCUUGCGAGUGUCUUGAGAGUAUGUAUGCGUGGACUGCCUGUUUAUUAAUGGGUUUGUUGAUUUGAAUAAAUUGCAUGGAUGGGUGGAUGGAGGACCAGUCCUUUACUACAGCAGAUGAUGCAGGAUUCCCUCUCUCGGCCUCAGUAUGAAGUUCAACUACACAGCAACAUGUCAGUCAGCAUAGGUAAAGGAAAUAAUCUAAGUGGUGUGUGUGUGUGUGUGUGUGUGUGUGUGUGUGAGAGAGAGAGAGAGACUGAGAGAUGUUAGACGAAUUGGAAGUAGAAGGGUGAUUUUUGUUUUGAAAGCUUCGUAAUCAUUGAUGUUGAUUGUAUCGGGUGUUCUGUGAGUAACACUAGCACUGAACCUCUGGUUGCCGGGGGGGGAGGAAAAAUGACAAAAUAAACAAACAAAUAAACAAACAAACAAACAAACAAAGGAGAACUCACUGGAAGUUCACGUAAGACGCUCCUAAACCAAAAGUCCUCAGACGACUUCCCAAUCAAAACCAAAUGCUCCACCACCCCAGCAGAUGGAGACGAUGGAGAGAGAGUGAGAUGGUAACACGCUCAUCUUGCCUUUUGUUUAUUUAUUGAGUUUGUUUAUUUGUUUGUUUUCUUCACCCCCGUCAUCCAGAGGAUUCCCUUUUCCCGUUUUGGCUGCCACUUUUCUUUCUGUUUCUCCUUUUUUUCGAUCCGUUUUUGUCUCUUUUCCUGUCGUUCUCAGCGUAUGGCCUUAUUCACCCGUUCUUUUCCUUUCUCCUGGUUUGUUGUUUCAUGCCCACACUUUUUUUUUUUAAUUAUUCUGUUUUUUGUCAUCGUCAUUCUUUUGUGUGUGUGUGUGUGUGUGUGUGUGUGUGUGUGUGUGUGUGUGUGUGUGUGUGUGUGUGUGUGUGUGUGUGUGUGUGUGUGUGUGUGUGUGUGUGUGUGUGUGUGUGUGUGUGUGUGUGUGUGUUGUUUAUUUGUUAUCGUCCACUGUAACAGUUUGUAUGUUUUUAAAAAUGUGUGGAAAUCAAAAUGUGACUAAUAGGCAAUAUGGGAACCAGAGUAAUAUUUUUUUUUUCUUUUUGCAUUUGUCCAUGUAAUCUAUCCCCUGUUAAAAAAAACAAAAGCAAAAAAAAAAAAAGCAAACAUGUCUGGUUUUCAUGAAGUGAUCGACAGGAAGACUCGGCUACACACAGAAUAUCACACACACAUCUAAACAGUCUAUGCAUUUUCCUACUAGAGGAGGGCUUAACAGGGGAGCUGUGUACGCAUAUUAUUGUGAUUACUAUACUUAUUAAUCUUGAAUUUUACCAUAAUAUCAUCAGAGGCGGCCCUUCUCCUCUCCUCUCCUCCAGGGGAGUCUAAUGGGAGAGAUAGAUGCACAUUUUAGUGUGUGCCCUAACUCACACACGCAUACACACACACUUGCUUGUGUUCUGAUAAAUUAUGUUGGAUUCUCCAUUUUGAGGAGAAACAAUUAGGUUUGAGAUGAAGGCCCCCAGAGGAGUAGCAGGAGGAAGUCUUAGAGAUGUGAGUCUCUCAAAUGAACCCUGGGAAUUGUAGUUUAUAUAUGAACAAUAUAAUGAAGAAGGUCCCUUGGCCUGCUGGGAUUUGUAGUUCAGUAGAGGGGUGUGCUUGGAUCAGUCAAACACCCCCUCUCCCCAGUCCUACUCUCUUCCACCAAACUGUAAUACCCUAAUGGCUGUUAACCUUCCUUUUUUAAUUUCCAAUUUAUUUUAGUUUGUGGUCCUACUCCCAUCCCUUCUGCAGAUCUUUGCUUCAAACGUCCUGAUCUUUUGUAUCGCUGACUGAAAUCUGUUUUUCCUUUCUUUUUUCUUUUUUCCCUUUUUUUCUUUUUCUUUUUUUAAAAAAAAACAACAAAAAUCUGGUUUGAAGGUUUGUGAUUCUGUGGGGUUGCAUCUCUCUGGCCUCUCGUCAAUUAGAAUCGAGCCGUUCUCUUGUGAUACGCAUGGCGAUGAUGAUGAAGAUGAUGGUGGUGGUAUGGUGCAAUGUGGGUGGGGUAGGGGGUGUAAGAGUGCAGUAUUUACAGCGAUUGAUUUCUUCUUUUGGGAGGGGAGGGGAGGGGAGGGGAGGGGGGUGAAAGGAUUUAAGAGAACGCAGAAGAAUUGUGACCAGAUAAACGAUUCAGACACUGAAAUACCUUUGUCAUUGACAUUUAUUUACAUGUACAGAAUUAAAACAAAAUCACAUUUUAAACACAACGCCCCAGCCCGUGUGGUUUGUUUGAUAUGUGUGGUGUCAGUGAUGCAGGGGGAACUCAUGCCCAUAAACCCUCUUACUGUAGCACGCAAUUGUGUGUGUGUGUGUGUGUGUGUGAGAGAGUGAGAGUGAGAGAGUGCGUUUGUGUGUGAGGGAGAAGAUGCAAAUCCUUGUGAAUUUCGACAAUUGAAAUGAGGGAUUAAUCUCUGAUGACUGAGAUUGUAUUUUUCUUUUCUUUUUUUUUUGAUUAAUAUAAUUCUAAAUUUCUUUUUCUAAACAUUUUUUUUGUUGUUUCUUUUUUUUUUCUUCCUUGUGUGGGUGUGUUUUUCCAUAACCUUAUUAUUAAUCUCAGUUGAGUUGUUUACAAUCUACCCCCCACCCCAUUCUGUGAUUUCUGAAUGUAGCCUCACGAUUAUGUUUUUGUUUUACUCCACGCUGUCUUGUCCCUGCCCCUCUUGAGUUGCAAACAAACAACGUAAAUAAAUGAAAUAAAUAAAUAAACAAA